GAUGACAGAUUACGCCACGGCAGGAGCAACAACCUAUUUUCUUCUUCUUCUUCAUUGAUUUCAGAUGUGUGAGAUUCUAUUCUUGUGUUCUGUGAUCGGAGUGCCACUUGAUUUGAUCUCUCUCUGUGUCCGGCAAUCGCGUCGUUUGCUUGAAUAUUGAUUUACCAACAUCCGAAAACUAGUAGGAUUUGAAGGUUUCCUAUCAAGUUUCUGUUUUCACGCCAUUUGUUAGCUUUUUGGACGGAGGAAAUUCCUGAAUUUCUGCAACAAUGAGUUUUGUUUUCCGAGGGAGUAGAGGAGAUAUUGAAAAUGGGUUUCCUGGAUUAAUUCGAGAACGACCUGCUGUGCGUAUUCAUGCAGCUCGACCUGUCAAUUCAAAUUCACUAGCCUUCCUUGUCACAGUUCUUUUUCUGUUCAUGAUUUUAAAUUCUAACCAAAUGUCACCAAACUUUCUGCUAUGGCUAGUGGUUGGUGUUUUUUUAAUGGCCACAAGCCUGAGGAUGUAUGCAACUUGUCAACAACUUCAAGCUCAGGCUCGAGCACAUGCUGCAGCAUCCAGUGGCUUGCUUGGUCAUACUGAAUUGCGUUUGCAUGUUCCCCCAUCGAUAGCUUUUGCAACAAGAGGACGCCUACCUGGACUAAGACUUCAGCUUGCACUUCUUGACCAUGAAUUUGAUGACUUAGAUUAUGAUAGCUUGAGAGCCUUGGACUCUGACAAUCAUUCCCCAGCUCCUUCAAUGAGUGAGGAGGAGAUAAAUGCCUUACCUGUGCACAAGCAUAAGGUCCCCAGCCCUGAGAGUGCUGGAUCAUCACUGCAACAGCCAUCAUCUUCUUCUAGAGCACCACUUGAGGCAAAGCACGACUCUAGAAACACAGAUGGGAAUGCUAAGGCUUCAGAAGAUGAACUGACAUGCACCAUUUGCUUGGAUCAAGUCAACAGGGGGGAGCUUGUCCGAAGCUUGCCAUGUUUACAUCAGUUCCAUGCUAAUUGCAUUGAUCCAUGGCUGCGCCAACAAAGCACUUGUCCAGUGUGUAAGUUUAGGAUGAGAUCAGGAUGGCAGGAGAGCAGAGAGAGUGAAUCAGACGAGGACAUGGUUUGACAUUCCAGUAAUUAAUACAACAUAGUAUGUUUUCAUUUGCAUUAAAUAAUCUCUGUAAAUAGCCACUAGGAUUUGUGGAGCAUACGUAGCAUUCAUCAAGAAUUGUUUCACGUUAUUGAGUACCCAAUGGUUUUAGGAUUUACUCAUGUACUUCUUGAUCCCAAUCUCAAGAAAGAUUUAGGGCUUGU